AUGAGCUCGCAUGAGCUUACCGCAAUGCCCAUUCAACAGAGUUCGGACAACACUGUCGAGCAAGUCUCGAACGAGACCAGAACGACGCCUGUGCCACCAGACUACAAGCCAAAUGCUCGUCCUGCAGUCUUUCGCACAACGAUCCACGAAGUCCUGUUUGUCUUUAUUGCAACAAUGGGUGUGGCGAUGCCGAGCUUGCUUCAAGGCUGUACGAUCAUCAUCUCCUCAUCCGUCAAGAGGGACUUAUCAAUGAGCACAACCGAGAUCACUUGGAUGACAGCAUCUUCAGCUUUGACCUCGGGCUCCUUCCUGCUUUUCUUCGGCAAACUCGCAGACAUGUUUGGGCGACGUAGCAUGUUCCUCGCCAGCCUGUUUCUGUUCUCUGCGUUCGCGCUCGGGACCGGCUUCUCACAAGAUGCGCUGACGCUUAUCAUCCUCAAUGGAGUGAUGGGGUUGAUGUGUGCAUUGGCCGUUCCCCCGUGUCAGGGUAUACUAGGUAGCAUCUAUGAGAAGCCAUCCAGGAGAAAGAACCUUGCCUUUGCCAGCUUCAGUGCAGGAAAUCCAUUGGGUUUUGUCUUUGGUACCAUUUUCUCGGGUAUCGCAACACAACUUUUCGGCUGGCGCGCACCAUUUUGGCUUCUUGCAAUCAUCUACCUGGUUGUAGCCAUCAUAGCUGGUUUCACAGUUCCGGUGGACGACAGUGAUAAACUGCCACUCACUGUCGAUUCCUUCAAACAGUUUGAUGUCAUUGGGGCCGCUUUGAUCAUAGGAGGCAUCGGUCUCUUCUCCACUGCCCUCAGCGCUGGGCCAGAUGCCGCACAAGGCUUUAAAUCCACAUACAUACUAGUGUUCCUCAUACUCGGUGUUGUGUUGAUCGUCGCGUUCAUACUAUGGGAGACACGUUUCCCAUUCCCGCUGAUGCCGAUGAAUGUGUGGCGCGACCGGGAGUUCUGCUUGAUCAUGGUGGUUUUAGUGCCUGGUUUCCUCGUCUUUCCGCCGAUGACAUUUUUCAUCGCGCUGUAUCUGCAGGAGCUGUUCCACUACUCGGCACUGCUGACAGCGGUUCAUAUGCUUCCCAUGGCUGUAAGCGGCAUCAUAAUCAACGUGGUAGCUGGACUCAUCUUGCAUCGAGUCUCCAACAAGAUUUUAAUGGGCAUAGGCACGUUGGCAUACACUAUAGCCUCAAUAUUAGUUGCCGUACAGCGCUCAGGGGACUCAUAUUGGGCCUUUACGUUUCCUUCCCUCGUCAUCAUUGUGGUCGGAGCUGAUUUCCAUUUCAACGUUGCUAAUAUGUACGUUCUCUCUUCCUUGCCCAAGGCUCAGCAAUCUAUUGCAGCCUCAAUCUUUCAAACCAUUACCAAGCUCGCUGUCACAGUUGGUUUUGGUGUAGAGACGGCAGUUUUCAACAGUGUGGUUGCAGACCCGGCAUCGACCGGCUAUUACGAUAAUGAUCCUUACGAGCCAUUCGCAGCGGUAUUCUGGGCAGCUGCGGUUACAACAUUUCUUAGUUUGUUUGCAGUGCCUUUUCUUCGGAUAAAGACACAAGGGAAUCAUGACUGA